AUGCGUCAAAAUAAAGUAUUUAGUAAUAAUAUCUGGGAUGGAUCAAUCUCAUUGAGUAAUAAGCUUAAUCUUGAAUUUGAACAAAUCGAAAAACUUAAAAACAUUGCUAGGCAUAAUUAUUUGUUAACAAAAUCUUUGCGGUUACAAUUUCUAUCAAAUCUUGAAACUGUAACUAUCAGAAAUUCACAGGAUCUAAUUCAGGCCUGUUAUCUCACUAGGAGUGAGGUUUUGAUAACUGUAGACAAUCAAAAUAACACCUUCAAGACAACUUUACCACAUUUACCCUCUGUGAUCUUGCGGUAUGUCUUAUCUGAGUACUGUUCAUCAAACGAAAUAUCAAAGUAUUAUAAUCAAAGUGUAGAUUUGUUUAAUGCUAUAAGAGAUGCUGUUGCCUCUAAAUAUCAGGUAGCAGAAAGUGGUUAUGAAGGAAAAUGGAUCGCUCAUGUCUAUAGACAAUCAAAGACUACUCCUCAAACGGCCAUAGUUGUUUGCAAG